AUGAGCUUCGCGCUGCUGGGGCUGUGGAAUGGGGUGGUGCUUGGAGAAGUUGUUGCUGCUCCGGAUUUAAGUUUGAGUCUGCAGGAUAUUUUGAAUAAGGCGCAUCAGGGGCCGCUUUAUACGUAUCCUACCAGCUUGACGCAGGGGAUUGUGCCGAAAGGAAUUCAUUCUCAUAACGAUUACUGGCGAGACGUUCCCUUCUACACAGCAAUUUCAGUCGGGGCCAUCUCAAUCGAAGCAGAUGUCUGGCUCUACAACGGCACUCUCCACGUUGGCCAUGAGCAAGGAGCUCUCACCAAUGCCAGGACCUUCGCAUCUCUGUACAUCAAUCCGAUUCUCGAUGUCUUGAACCGCCAAAAUCCGGUAAAUUCAACAUUCUUGGCAUCAAAGACUCAUAAUGGAAUCUUUGAUACUAGUGGUGGCCAAACGCUGUAUCUGUUUGUUGAUUUGAAAACUGAUGGACCUACAACUUGGCCAUAUGUCGUCAAGGCGUUGGAACCGCUACGCUCAGCAGGCUACCUCUCCAGCGUAAACGGCAGCACCUUCACGAGUGGCGCCAUAACCGUGAUCGGCACCGGCAACACGCCCCUAAACCUCGUCCAGCCCCUCUCUUCUAGGGACUACUUCUGGGACGCACCCAUCCCGACCCUCAACAGCACAUUCUCCAACAUCACAUCCCUCGUCUCGCCCAUCGCAUCCACUGACUUCGCUGUCAACUUCGGACCCGUGCUAGGCACGAGCCUGAAUGAUACGCAGGUCGCGUUGUUGAGAGCUCAGGUUGCGACUGCCCAUGCUAAAGGGAUUAAGUUGCGGUACUGGGAUCAACCUGGUUGGCCGAUUAGUACGAGGGAUGGCAUUUGGAGGCAAUUGAUGACGGAGGGCGUGGAUUUGAUUAAUGUUGAUGAAAUUGGUGCUGCUGCCGGAUUUGGGGAUGCUUGGUGA